AUGGACUUUGCCCCGGCAGCUCUCUUCCGGCGCUCGAAGCGCAUGACCGACAAUUCGUUGACGGCCGAAGAAGCUCCAUCCGAUGGGUGCGCGACGGGGGCCGAUCCGAGCCGAAGGAGGAUGAGUGGAGCCGAAGGGAAAUCGGAGGCUCCAGCAGCCGGCCAGCGCUCGGCCUCCCACCAGUCCUUCCACGCCGCGAAGCCCGUCCGGCCCUCGGCCUCGCUCAACGACACCCGCAGGUCCGCUUCGGCCGCCGCCAGCCCCUACGAGCUCGUCGACCAGAUCAACCGCCACGACGACCUCUACCAUGUCCUCGGCCUCUCCGGAUACAGCUUCCACAACCGCCACCAGAUCAAGCUCGAGGACAUCCGCAAGGCGUACAUCUCCCGCUCUAGACUCUGCCAUCCCGAUAAGCUGCCGCAGUACGAACCCUGUACGGCCGCCUUCCAGAAACUUAGCGCCGCGUACGAAACACUCUCGAAGCCCGGAAGCAGGAAGCUUUACGACCUGAGCGGCACCGUCGACCCGUCAUUCAACUUCAACUCCAGCUGCGCCAGCCCUCCUCCUGCUGCUGCCAAGUCGCACAGUCACCGCAAAUCAAAUUCGCAUUUUUCUGGGCGGGCUCAACAGUCUCCGAAUCCCUCCUCAAGCCCUUCUUCGCCCCCCGAAACUCCUUCCAGUAGCAGCACUGACAACCACGCAUUCAAUGCUGACGAAACCCUGAACGGCGUGCUGCAUGCGACGUUCUGCGAGUUCAUGGACGGAGAUUUCGAGAUGAUCCGGGUGGUUAUCAAUGCCCUAAACGAGGGGAAUCCGGGGCUGAAUCUGGGCGAAGAAGUGGUGACGAGUCUCGAGAGCACGAUGGGCAAGCUGCGCCAGCGGCUGAUCACGGGGCAGAAGUAUCUGGGGAUGGUGCGGUUCGAGCUGAUGAAGCUCUCCCAGACAGUCUAUUUUAUCAUGUUUUCACGCGCACUUCUUCCUCUGCUUAUGCUCAUUGAAAGCUCAUUUUCUAUGAUGGUUAUGUUCAAGAGACCUGGCAAUGUAUUUCCUGCACAAGCGCAAGCAAAAGUUGAUGGAUUGUCACCAUUCAUUGUAUUGAACAAGCCAGAUCAAGAAUUGGAACAUUUCAGUUCAAAGGAAAAUAUUGCAUUUGGUAAGCUAGAAGACCCAAAGCGUCCUGGAAUGAAAAAUUCCGAGAAGAAUGCCGGAUCAAAGGGGAAAAAUCAGUUUUCAAUCACUGUUGCCCAAGAAAAUAGUGAAUCUGACCCCAAGGUUGGUGAUGAUGGGAAAGAAAUUAAGAAAAAAGAGAAGAAGGAUCCAAUGAAACAGGAUAUAAUGUGGCAAACCCUCAUGGGACACACCACUUAUUGUGUGGAAACUGCCAAAAAUGAAUUAACAAAUUUUUUCAAUGAAGUUGAAAAGAAAAGGGAGAGUGAUAAAAGUAAUAAGUCAGAUGGUCAAUUUUUUGCUAAUCCUCCUUAUUUUUGA